AUGGAAACACUCUGUGACGUCACCAACAUAAGGUCCUCCAGAGUGCUGGAGAGGAUUGCGGAGGAAGUGUUGCAUUCCCUGUCUGUGCCGCUGAGAGCGUUUGCUGGAAACCGUACUCUAGCUGACCAAUGGGAUAAUGACUGUGAGUACCUUUUUCCCUCUCUGAUUGUCAGCCCUGCUGCUGACGGGUGGCGAGAGGAGAGUGGACUGCUUAUUUCCUUCAGAACACCGAUGCUUGGCGGUUUCAGCUCUUCUGGGAAGAAGCAGCUUUAUGUCAGCUGUGUGAAGGUGCUGAACCAUCGCUCUCUGGCUGGAGUCAAGGAUAUGAGGCGGACUGAGGAAUUGUCUGCAGGCUACACCCCUGAAGGCAGGUGGAGGGUCCUGUAUAAACCUCCUGUUGAAAAACGGCUGGGUGACCUCCAGUGGAGGAUUAUCCAUGGAGCUUUAGCUACAAACAGACACAAAGCCCACCUGGACCCGAGCGCUGAGGAGGGAUGUGGUUUCGGUGGUGACAGGGAGACUCUAGAGCACCUAGUGGUACUGUGUAAAACAUGCCGAACAGCUGUGGCAACUUCCAGAGGAAACACAACAAACCUCCAUCACCACCUGCAACACAACCAUAAAGAACUACACGAACAAUUCAAAGCUAGCCAAACCACAAAACCAAAAACGUUGAGUAGCAGCAAAUCUAAAACCUUGCAACAGUCCAUUUCUCAGAGUUUUGCGUGCGUGACUCCUUACGAGAAAACCUCCAAACGCCACGGAGAAAUAACAGAGGCCAUAACUCGUUAUUUGGCUAAGGACAUGAUGCCUAUAAACACAGUGACCAAAGAUGGUUUUGUGAGUCUGAUAAGGAAACUGGACCGAAGAUACAGCAUUCCAUCACGCAAUUAUUUUUCCCAAGUCGCCAUUCCAAAAAUGUACGACACAUGCAGGAAGACAGUGGAAUCGGAACUGGGUCAAAUUGAACACUACGCCUGUACCACAGAUCUUUGGUCCAGUCAAACGACAGAGCCCUACAUCAGCCUCACUGUACACUUCCUGGAUCAAGACUUUGAACUGAAAACGCGAUGUCUACAGACAGCCUACUUCCCCGGAGAACACACUGGGGAAAACAUUGCGUGUGGACUACGUGAGGCUUUGACCAGCUGGAAUUUGCGGGAAGAGCAGCUAGCUUGCAUCACCACCGACAACGGGUCAAACGUUGUGAAGGCCACCGAACUCAACCACUGGGUCAGACUUCAGUGUUUUGGCCACAGGCUGCAUCUUGCCAUCGAAAAUGCUGUUAAAGAUGACAGCCGCAUUGCCCGUGCUGCUGGGCUUUGUAAAAAAUUGGUGGGACAUUUCUCCCACAGCUGGAAGCAGAAGAUGGCACUGAAAGAAGCACAACAGGAGCACAACCUCCCAGAGCACUCACUCAUCACAGAAUGCCCAACUAGGUGGGGCUCGAGGCAAAAUAUGAUGGAGAGGAUCUUGGAGCAGCGGCAAGCCAUAUCUAAUGUCCUCUCGGCAGACCGAAAAACACGGCAUCUGGUUCCCUCCUGGCAGGACCUGGAUGUACUGGAGUCUGUAAACCUGGCAUUACACCCUUUGCAAGUAUUUACUGAUGCUCUUUCCGGGGAAAGCUAUGUGAGUGUUUCAUAUGUGAAACCAGUCCUUCAUCUCUUGAAUACAUCAGUUCUUGCAGAAAAGGAAGAUGACACCAAUUUAACCAAGACCAUUAAAGUGAAAAUCCUGGAUUACAUGAAUACAAAGUAUGAUGACCCAGCAACACAAGAACUUCUGGACACUGCAUCCUUCAUGGACCCCAGGUUCAAGGUCAGCUACAUCAGCAGCGAAAGAGUCCAAGACAUCAAGACCAGGGUGAUGUCAGAAAUGAAAGAAACAGCACGGAAGGAGGGAACACCUUCUGACAACACUGAGGCCCAAAGCAUGGAUCCACCCAGCAACAAGAAGGCAAAGCGAUCAUUGGGCAGUUUGCUCAAAACAAGUCCAGGCCCCACCACUCCCACCGCAUCUUCCAUGCAGCUGGAGCAAGCUCUUGAAGCUGAACUUAACAGCUACUUGCUGUCCCCCACCAUUGACAGUGAGGCAGACCCUUUGGCUUGGUGGAAACUCCACCAGGUCACAUACUCAAAGCUGAGCAAACUAGCUCGGAGGUAUCUUUGUAUAGCUGCCACUAGUUCACCCUCUGAGAGGCUAUUCAGCACAUCAGGGAAUGUGGUAACAUGUCAACGUGCAUGUUUGAAACCCAGCAAAGUCAACAUGCUGGUUUUCUUGGCCAAGAACUUGCCCUAAAGAAUAACUUGCCAUAAGGGUAGAUUUUUUUUUUCCUGAUUGUAUCUUGAUUUAGUUAUUUCAAUUUUCCCCCGCAUACUAUAGAUCUCUGCACCUUGUUGGGCGGAGUCGAGGGCCUUGAUGAUUGUAAUGGGAGACAUUAGUUAUUUUAAAUUGCCAUGCCCAUGUUUAAUUUAUAUUUAUUUAAUUAUUUAAGUUGUUUUCCCCCAGAUAUUUUUUUAUUUCAAGAGUUCAAUGGUUUUGUUCAGUUUAGAAGAAAAUAUUUUAAAUAGAGCAGGGGAAAUUAAACUUCGUUGGGUGUUCAUG